AUGCAACUGAAAAGCAAUGAAAGCGUAGACUUCCUCUCUGUCUUCUUGACUGGAAUCCCGGGUCUGGAAGCUGAACAUGGAUGGCUUUCUAUUCCAUUCUUUGCCAUGUACAUUGUGGCCAUUGUGGGAAACAGCCUAAUUAUGGCAGCUGUGCAGGCAGAUACUGCCCUACAUGAGCCCAUGUAUCUAUUCCUCUCCAUGCUGGCUGUCACUGAGGUUGGUGUCUCUGUGUCUACUCUGCCCACUGUCAUGGGUAUUCUUUGGUUUGAUAUCCGCAAGAUUAACUUUGAUGGCUGUUUGGCCCAGAUGUUCUUUAUUCACACCUUCUCCUGUAUGGAAUCAGGGGUCCUGCUAGCUAUGAGUUAUGAUCGCUUUGUAGCCAUUUACAAUCCACUACGAUACACAGCCAUCUUGACCUUGUCACGCAUCAUCUCCAUUGGGGUGGGCAUUACACUGAAGAGUGUGAUAUUCAUGGCACCACUUCCAAUCCUUCUAAGAAAAUUGCCCUAUUGUCACGUUAAUGUCCUCUCCCACUCCUACUGUCUCCAUUCAGACCUGAUCCAGCUGCCUUGUGCUGACACUAAACUCAACAGCAUUUUAGGACUAUCCAUUGUCUUGGCCUCUUUUGGGCUAGACUCAUUGCUCAUUGUGGUCUCUUAUGUACUGAUUCUUUACACAGUUCUGGGCAUUGCUUCUGGGGAGGGACGUCGGAAGGCUCUCAACACAUGUGUGUCACAUAUCUGUGCAGUUCUCAUAUACUAUGUGCCUAUGAUUGGUGUGUCUGUGAUGCAUCGAGCUGCCAAGCAUGCCUCACCCCUGGCACACACACUCAUGUCUAGUGUCUACCUCUUUGUGCCACCUGUACUCAAUCCUAUUAUCUAUAGUGUUAAGACUAAGCCAAUCCGACAGGGAAUUUUUGCCUUAUUCCAGAAAAAAGAAUUGCCCUGA